GCCGAAAGCGACGGUGUCCUUUUGUGUGUGUGUACGCGCAUUUAUUCGUCUGCGUAAUUAUGCAUUCGCUGGAAGGGGGAAGGGAAGCCUUUUGUUUGUUGUGGCUCCUGAAGUUGCCAAGUGAGAAGAGGCGAACUGAGCUGCUCUUUUUUAGCCGGAUGGUAGCUGCUGUGUAUUUUUAGGCCACUGGCAGUUUUUUGACCAUUUAUUAUGUGCCUGAAAGCCCCAGCCAGACUGCAAGUCGUUGCAACAACUCUGAAAUAUAAAGACAGAAAAAUGAGAUUCAGCCAAAAUUUGAGUAAAUAAUUAUGGGCCCAGAUGUGCCCCUGUUGAAUGACCACAAGCAAGAAUUCCUGUUAAAGCGAUUUCCACAGACCAUUUUGGGUGGCCCUCAAUUUAAGUUAGGAUACUGUGCACCUUCUUACAUCUAUUUGAAUCAGAUUCUUCUCUUCUUGAUACCAUGGAUUCUAGGUGGAAUUGGGACACUUAUAUAUCAGUUAAAUGUUCUGCAAGACUAUUGCACAGCAGCACUUUCUGGAGGACUAAUGCUUGCUGCAGCUAUUAUUGUACAAGGAAUAAACUUGUAUGCCAGGCAAAAAACUGCACCUGUAGAAAGAAUGCAUGUCCACAAUAUACUAACAGAGGAAGAUGAGUGGGAGUUUUCUAGCUGUAUAGGUUUUGAGACAAUCAAAUUUAUUAUUCCAGGCAAAAAAUAUAUAAUUAAUGUGUUUUUUCACUCACUUGUUGCUGGAGUACUAUGUGGCUUAGGAACUUGGUAUUUGCUGCCCAGCAGAAUUGCUUCUUUGUACGGAGAUAAUAUUGGAACAACUGUGGUGAUCUUCGUAUUUGGAUGGUUGACAGUGUGUAUUGGAGAAUAUUCCUUAAUUGUUAAUACUGCUUCAGAGACUGCUUCUUAUCAAGCACUGGACACUUAUGAAAUUGUUCCUCUUAUGAGACCAUUCUACAUUUUUGUCUUCAUAGCAGUGGAUCUUGCUCACAGAUUUGUUGCUGAUGUUGCAACUUUAAAAUUGGUCAAUCAGGUUAUGCACAUCACAUUUUUGUCGUUGCCUCUCUUAUGGACUUUGGGGAUUCUGCCUCCAUUGGAUGCACUUUUUCUCUGGGGAAUGGAACAAGUGUUGGAACUUGGGCUAGGGGGCUCACCUAUGUCAAGCAAUGUAAGGCUGCUAGCAAUGUUUAUCAUUUCUUUGGGAACGGCUAUUGCAUCUUACUUCAUCCCUAACACGCUUGGUGUGGUUCUGUUCAUGACUGGAUGUGGAUUUAUACUAAGUCUUAAUCUAAAUGAGAUUGGAUUAACCUUCAAGAACUUCAUGAUCAGCUGUUUAGCUUCCAGCAAAUUUAAAAACGCAUCUUCCUGUAGAACACAAUUUAUAUGGAAGGAAUUCAUGUUCUAUUUCAUUGUAUUGACUUUUGCUCUUGUGGAAGCUGGCUUAUUGCACUCUUUCCUUGGUUUUCAAACAUUUUCCAAGACUAGCCUACAAGGUGUUAUUAGUUACAUAUUGAUAGUAUUGCUUCUUGCUCUAUGGAUUCUCAGAGAGAUUCAAACAGUGUAUUUGUUUGGAUUGUUCCGAAAUCCCUUUUAUCCAAAAGACCUAAUGACAAUGAAUGCAUCCGGAAAGAAGGAAAAGAACCUCAAGAAAAUUGGUAUGUUAAGAAAGAUUUUGCUCACUUUAGUGUCACCAUUUGCUAUGAUAGCAUUUCUUUCCAUAGACAAUUCUCUACAUCAUCUUUCAUCCAUAUAUAUUUCCAUUGGACUUUCAAGAAGCUAUAGAAUGGUGUGGCAGGAUACAGAGCAUGCUCUGUUGGAUAUGGUGGUAGUGUCUGCAGUGCAGUUGCUGGUGUUCACUACUGAUCUCUGGUGGAACAGAAGCAUUGAUACAGGAAUUAGACUCUUGCUGGUUGGAAUUAUUCGGAGUCGGCUGUUUCAAUUUGUUUCAAAAUUGCAAUUUGCCAUUACUGUUCUCUUGACAUCGUGGACAGAAAAAAAACAACGCCGGAAAUCCACAGCUACUCUGAUUACACUGAACAUUGUUUUCUUUCCAAUUGUAAUGGCCAUCAUAGUGCUCUCUUCAUUGCUUUCUUCUCCUUUGCUAUCACUUUUUAGUCUCCCAAUAUUUUUGAUAGGCUUUCCAAGACCAGUCCGAAGCUGGCCAGGACCUGUGGGCAUGAUGGCCUGUGUAGGUCCUGAUGCUGUAUAUUAUCAACAGAUGAUCCCAAGUUUAAGGACUGCAUUGCAAUCAGCAUUCUCAACAGGCAGGUUAGGUUUCUGUUCACCUGGAUCCCACUACUUGUGCCGAUUUCAAGACAGAUUAAUAUGGAUCCUUGUUUUAGAGAGAGGCUAUACUUACUGUUGUCUUAAUAUCAAGGGUUUAGAAUUGCAGGAAACCUCCUGCCAUGCUGCUGAAGCUCACAGAGUUGAUGAUAUUUUUGCAAUGGCCUUUGAACAUCAUGAACAUAAUAAGAUGUUCUCCCUCAACCCUCAUUUCGGAAAUAUUUUAACACCUUGUGCUGCUCUUCCUGUAAAACUCUACUCAGAUGCCAGAAAUACCUUAUCUGGAAUAAUUGAUUCCCCUGAAAAUCGGAAGCAGUUGAAAGAAGACUUCAUAAAAGUACUCUUAUGGAUGCUAAUCCAGUACUGCUAUAAGAAGUCAAAAACACCUAGACCUCUUGAAAAGAUGCCUACACCCCAACAGGAGUCCUCUUCAGCAGGACCGUCUGAAGUUUUAAACAAGGCAAUAGAAAGACCAGAUUCAUGGGAAGAUGAAGAUGCACUCAGUGUGGAAUCUACAGAAGAGUGGACUGAUGAUAGCAAUCUCUUUGAUGAUGAACCUAGCAAAAAAACAUUAAAAACAAAUGUCACAGUACCACAAGGUGGUUCACCAAGACCUUUCUAUUCUCUUCCAGGCUCAGUAGAAAUACAUACUACGGAUGAUGAAGUACUUGAAGUAGCCAGUGUGAAUAAACUCUACAAAACUGUUGUUCUUGGUCUUCCUGUUGUAGAUGCUGGAAAACACUGGGGAAAUAUGGAUUCAUCCCCUAUUAAACUCAGUAACUUCUAUUCUGAGUUGUUAAGCAUUCCUGAAGAAUGGAGAACUGCACCAUUAUCGGCUGCCAAAUUCCAUCAGAUGAAGCAGAAGUUUCCAUUAGAGUGGUAUCAUUUUUUACUUGGACAGCUAGACCUAUUUCAUUUGAAAGAAAAUCCUUCAAAUUUACUCAAAGAUCUUUUUAAAGACACUGCUUUGAAGGAUUUGUAUGUCCAGAGUGCCUUAUCCUGUUAUAUUGCAAUGUUUGGAUUAGAUGAUACUGUUGUUUCUCCUGGUCAUAUUUUCAGAGCCUAUAAUGGAAACCUUCCCUGGUCAGUCUGUUUGGAUUGGUUGAUAGGAAACCAAGAGUUAUAUCAAUUAACACUAAAAACAUUCAGAUAUACAGUGAAGCUUAUGGUUGAUAAAGCAAGCCUGGGUCCAGCUGAAGACUUUCAAGAGCUGCUAAACUAUCUUGAAGAAUAUGAGAAUGACUGGUACAUUGGUUUGGUGUCCGAAAAGGAAUGGCCACAAGCUGUUUUACAAGAAACCCCAUAUCUUUUUUCUUUGGGGCAUGACCCAAAUAUGGGAGUUUAUACUGGCAGGAUACUCACACUUCAGGAAUUCCUAGUACAAGCGGGAAAACUGAACGACGAAGCUGUCAGAGGACAGUGGGGGAACCUCUCUUGGGAACUGCUGUAUGCCACAAAUGAUGAUGAGGAGCGCUAUAGCAUCCAAGCACACCCUGUACUCCUGAGGAACCUGACCAUACAAGCAGCAGACCCUCCCCUUGGCUAUCCUAUUUAUUCCUCUGAACCUCUUCAUCUGACUUUCUUGUAGUUCCCAAAAUGAAGCCAAUUCAUUCCUUCACUGAAAAUUGGGUGGAAUGGGGGCACUUCUUUGGUGAGGGGUUUUAAGCAGAUGCUUUUUAGCAUCAGGUGACAAUGGGAAAAGAUUUAAUCCAGGCAAUAAGAUAAUUAUGUGUUUUAAUGUUGUGUAUUGUAUGCAUUUUUAUAUAAAAUCCCUCAAAUCAUUACCAAUACUGUAUUGACAAGUACCUUUCAAAGGGGUGUAAGUUUAUAUACCUUAAACCACAGAUAAGUAUUUUACUGUAAGACGGAGUCUAUAUUUAUGAUUGUUAUAGCAUAAGUUUAUUUUUUUUUCAUCUGCUAAAUCAUACAUUUGUAUUAUGAAAGGGAUACUUGAAAAAUAUUUAAUGCCUGUUCAAUUUGGAAAAAAAAAGCUUUGGUUAAGAAUUACAAAUCGAAUAUUGGGGGAAAGAGAUAUCCUGGUUCAAUAAGAUGGAAGUUUCCAGCAUCAUUGGGCAACCACAAGCACAGAGA